CAAAUGCUGUCAGUCCGAAACGUCAGCUGAAAAAUGGCCGCGCUGCUGCUGCAUGUCGUAUCAAAACAAGCUCCUCAAUUGAACCGCAACCUGCUGGAAGGUGUACGACUUUCGUAUAAAAACCAUCACCCUCUGUGCGAAAAUUACUGCCGACUGCAUUCGCGGCAAUUGCAUGUUAGUGGAGUCGUUGUCGCUAACUGGUACAAUGACGAUAACAGGAGAAGAAAAGGUUUGCGGCAGGAACCUUGGGCACAGAGACGAAACUAUUCCAGCCAGACGAAAAAUCAACAAGCGACCGAAAAUGCCCUCCUGAACAUAUUUCAGAAGAAGCAAAAAGGGCACCAUCCGGCGUCGGGCGAAUCGAUCGGCACGUACGAUGGGCCGGAAAUUACUGCCACGGACAUGAUCAAAGCGAUGGCGACGUACAUCUGGCCAAAGGACGAUGCGAUGGUCCGGAAGCGUGUCCUGAUAUCGCUAAGCUUGCUCGGUGGAGCAAAGGUGUUGAAUGUUUGCGUACCGUUCAUGUUUAAAAUGGGCGUUGAUAAUUUGAACCUGUUGAGCAUGGACACGGUACCGCAGGCUGCCUCGGCGUUAACAAUCUCCGUGCUGUUAGGAUAUGGUAUUGCACGUGCCGGUGCGGCCGGUUUCAACGAGCUUCGGAAUGCAGUGUUUGCCCGCGUUGCGCAGCAUUCGAUCCGUAAAAUUGCCACCAAUGUGUUCCUGCAUCUGCACAAUCUCGAUCUACAGUUUCAUCUUAGCAAACAAACUGGAGCUCUGUCGAAGACGAUCGAUCGUGGAUCGCGUGGUAUUAACUUCGUGCUGACGGCGAUGGUGUUUAAUGUUGUACCGACCAUGUUUGAGCUGGCGCUCGUAUCGAGCAUACUCGGCAUGAAGUGUGGCAUGGCUUAUGCGGCACUCUCCAUGGGUUGCGUCGGUGUGUACAGUGCGUACACGCUCGCAGUGACGCAGUGGCGUACCAAGUUCCGCAUCUACAUGAACCAGGCGGAGAAUGAAGCGGGCAAUAAAGCGGUUGAUUCGCUAAUUAAUUACGAAACGGUGAAAUACUUCAACAACGAACAGUACGAAGCGAACCGAUACGAUCAGGUGUUGAAAAAGUACGAAGAAGCUAGCCUGAAAACUAGUACCAGCUUGGCAUUGUUAAACUUUGGCCAGAAUGCCAUCUUUAGUGUGGCGCUCAGUACCAUCAUGGUAAUGGCGGCGAACGAAAUUGCCCAAGGUCGUAUGACGGUCGGUGAUCUGGUGAUGGUUAAUGGGUUACUCUUUCAACUGUCCAUACCGCUCGGUUUCCUCGGAAGUGUGUAUCGGGAGGUUCGUCAGGCACUGCUCGACAUGCGCACCAUGUUUACCCUGAUGGGUGUUCAGAGUGCAAUCCAGAGUCAAGUUAAUGCGCCACCGCUAAAUGUGAGCCGUGAGACGGCCUCGAUCGAGUUCCGGAAUGUUGGGUUCCGCUACGCGCAAAGUAACGACAUUUUUAAGGAUCUUUCCUUUACCAUCCCGGCCGGUAAGAAGAUAGCUAUAGUCGGUGGUUCUGGAUCGGGCAAAUCUUCGAUGGUGCGUUUGCUGUACCGCUUCUUCGAACCAACGACGGGAGAAAUUUUAAUCAACGGACAAAACAUCCGCGAUGUGGAUUUGCAAAGCUUAAGGCGUGCGAUUGCUGUGGUGCCACAGGAUUCGGUACUGUUCCACGAUACCAUUCGGCAUAACAUUCACUACGGUGAUUUGUCGAAAUCGCAGGAAGAGCUGGAAAAUGCCGCCCGUAUGGCGGAUCUGCACGAAUCGAUACAGCAAUGGCCAAAGCAGUACGAUACGCAGGUCGGUGAGCGGGGUCUGAAGCUGUCGGGUGGGGAAAAGCAACGGGUAGCGAUAGCGCGAGCUAUUUUGAAAAAUUCUCCCAUCCUAAUAUUCGACGAGGCGACGAGCAGUUUGGAUUCCAUUACCGAGCACAAUAUCCUGCAAGCAUUGGCACGGGCAACGGAUAAUCGUACCAGCAUCUGCAUUGCUCACCGUCUGUCCACCGUGAUGGAUGCGGAUGAAAUUCUAGUGCUAGAGAAUGGUCGCGUCGGGCAGCGCGGCACACACGAUCAACUGCUACGAAGCGGAGGCCUUUACACGAAGCUGUGGGACACACAGAAUCGAUUGUACAAUAUUAGUAGCAAGAAGAUGAACGAGGAAGAGAAGAAGUGA